UAUAGCUAGCGAAGAAAAAAAAAAUCAGUGAUUCCCUUCCCCCACAAAAAAAAACCCACUGCAAAGAAUUAAUCAAGGAUCAACCAUGACUGGUUCUGGCUCUCCUUGUGGUGCUUGUAAGUUCUUGAGGAGGAAAUGCGUGAGAGGCUGCGUGUUUGCCCCGUAUUUCUGCCACGAGCAAGGUGCGACGCACUUUGCGGCCAUUCACAAGGUCUUUGGUGCAAGCAAUGUGUCGAAGCUCCUCGCAAACCUCCCUGUGAGCGAUCGGUGUGAAGCUGCUGUGACCAUCUCAUACGAGGCUCAGGCGCGGCUCCAAGACCCCAUUUACGGAUGCAUCUCGCACAUCUUCGCGCUUCAACAACAGGUUUUCAAUUUGCAAGCACAAUUGGCUUCUCUCAAGGAGCAAGCUGCUGAAAGCCUUUGCACCCCAUCUUCCACGAGAGUGAGCCUUAACGAGAAAUAUUCUGGAAACAAGGUCAUCUCAAACGAAGUCCUCGACUUGCAAAGUUGGUUGCACAUGGCAAAUCCAAAUAAUUUGCCUCAUCAGUUCAGUUUACAGAACAUGAGCAAUGUGAACACAAUGCCUCACUAUGAAAACGGGUCGAUGGAUUCAAGCUCUGCAGUGAAUAAAUAUGACAAUUCGCUUGUCCUAGAGGAGAACAUCUCCUUUGGGAGCUUUGAGGAGGCUUCCGGCGGUUCGAUCUCUUCUGUGGAUAUGCAAGCAAGCAACAGGCAGUGGAGUUUCCGGGACGCUGACGACCUCCACUCCUUCGCGUUUGGUUACAUUCACCAUUAGCGAGGCAUCAUCGAGCAUUUGGUGUGCCCUCAUACUUUUCCGAACUAAUAUCCUUGUGAAGGAGAUCUAAUGAUUUUCUGGACUGAAAGCUUCUCCACCCAUCUGGAAGUCCGCUGGUUUGGUUAGGUAACUAGAUAUUAAUAGAACAUAUGGUUACGGUGAUCAUAGUAGCAGCUUCAGAUUGCACAUAACAAUCAUGCCUUGUGUUUCUCGAGCAUUCAUGACCAAAUAAUACAAGGUCGAAUGCCCCCUGGAUGCAAGAGACACCAGAUUGAUGUACCAUUUGCUGUACUAUAUUAUACACCAUCAUCAGAAUU